AUGACUGCCAAAGAUACCAUGAAGGCUGUGGUUUUUAAAGGUCCGCACGCCGUCGCGGUGGAAGAUCGUCCAAUCCCGAAGAUACAAGAUCCAAAUGAUAUCAUCGUCAAAGUCACAUACACGGCACUUUGUGGCAGCGAGCUCCAUGUUUACCGUGGCCACCAACCCUCUGAUACGGAUUUUAUUAUGGGCCAUGAAUAUACCGGCAUUGUGCAAGAGGUUGGAAGUGAAGUCAAGACCGUAAAGCCAGGAGACAAGAUUGUCAGCCCAUUCACAUCAUCAUGUGGAAAAUGCUUCUACUGUAAACAAGGCUUCUCAUCGCGAUGCGAAAAGAGCCAGCUACUGGGUUCCAAGUCUUUGGAUGGCGGCCAGGCUGCAUAUGUGCGGAUGCCACAUGCCGAUGGUACGGUGAUGAAGGCUCCAGAGGGUAUCAACGACCAUGCCUUGGUUUUGAUGGCAGAUAUCUUCCCAACAGGCUAUUUUGCCGCCAGUAAUGGCUUCAAGGAGUUCACCAAAGAGCAAAUUUCGGAAUUGACAGUUGUCGUGAUCGGCUGCGGACCCGUUGGGCUCUGCGCUUUGAUCAACGCAGAGGAAUACAAGCCAAAGCACCUCCUUGCUGUGGAUGCAGUUCCAGAUAGACUGGAGCUAGCUAAGUCACUGGGUGCGGAGCCGUGGAAUUAUAAGACUGAUCGAGAAGGAUUGAACAGGCGAGUGCGAGAACUGACUAGCAAUCGUGGUGCUGAUGUGGUCAUCGAAGUUGUUGGGCUGAGUCCAGCGUUGAGGAUGGGGUUCGAACUCCUUCGACCAUGGGGAACUAUCAGAAGUGUCGGCGUGCACAAUGGAGAGAUUCCAUGGACUGGGAGCGAGGCGUAUGGGAAGAAUUUGAAGAUCCAGAUGGGCCGGUGCCCCGUACGCUCUAUCUUCCCUCAGGCACUGGACAUGCUAAAGAAAAAGCAGCACCUUCUUGGGUUCAUGGCAGACAAGAUCAUGCCGUUGAGCCAGGCGGUGGAGGGGUACAGGAUCUUCGACAACAUGCAGGCGCAAAAGGUGAUCUUCGAUGCAGCGCAGUAG